AUGUCGCACGCAAGCAACAAGCGCCUGGCAAAGGAGUCGCAGAUGAUCAACAAGGAUCCUCCUCCUUUUUGUUAUGCUCGGCCGAAGGAGGAUAACAUUCUAGAAUGGCACUACAUUCUGCGUGGUCCACCUGACUGUCCUUACGCAGGCGGCGAAUACUGGGGCGUCCUCCUCUUCCCCGCUGACUACCCCUUCAAGCCGCCCGGAAUUAAAAUGUACACUCCUUCGGGUCGUUUCCAGAUCAACACUAAAAUCUGCAUGAGCAUGAGCGACUUUCAUCCUGGAUCUUGGAAUCCCGCUUGGAGCGUUUCCACCAUCUUGACUGGUCUCCUUUCCUUCAUGGUGUCCGAGUCUCCGAGCGAGGCGACCACUACAGGAAGCAUGACGGCCACCUCGUCCGAUCGCGCAAAGUUCGCCAGCCUAUCGCACAAGUGGAACACUCAAGAGAAGAAGUUUUGCGCCGUCUUUCCAGAGUAUUCGAAAGAGGCGGUCACGGAUCUGCCCAACAUGGGCCAAGCGAUGGGAGGAAAAUUGGCCAUUGAUCCGAGCGUUGCGCAGGCGUCGGAGUCAGAGGCAAAGGGAAAGGAUAGCUCGAAGGUGCGAUCAGUGAAUGGGCAAACCAAAGGUUCCUCUUCGAAGAAAUCGGCGGUGCCGGUGCCAGGCGCAAAGGACAUGAAGGAAACUGGAGUUGCUACAAAUGGAACAGCGAAAGCAGCGGAGGAUCCAGCACGCGCACGACCUUUGGGCUUCUUUUCCAGCUACACGAAUAUGGCAAUCAGCUUGCUCUUGGCCCUCUUUCUCGCCAGACUGUUCAGCAAGCUGACUUGA